CCGCCAUUGAAAAUUUUCUAAUUCAAUCUAAUUCCGUUGCUUCUCCGGGAUUACAUCCGGGACUUCUUUUCCCAGGCUCCUCCUGGGAGAAGACGAUCUGUUCUUCCUUAAUCUCUCGGAGAAUGGUCUCUUAAGCCAUGGGGCACCUCCAGCAGCAAUCUGCGCUAUCGUCCCCCGCGGACCCCUCCCUGCCCACCAUGAUAAAGAAAGAGCGCCUCGCUCGCGACGACCUCUCCCUUCUACCAUUGACUCCUCCAGACGAGUUGGAUCCCGCACUGUCAACGACCAAAGAUAGUCGUACGGAUACGUCGGUAUCCACCGCCAUCCAUGUCAUUUCCACAGAGCGCGCCGCUCUGGCGCAGUUGGAGCGUCUUUAUGAAACCAAUGCAUUGGCACAAGACCAUCUCUCUCGCGCUGUGAGCCAGAUCGCUCGCAGCGUGCGGGGUGGUGGUAAAUUGGUAUGCUGCGGAGUAGGCAAGAGUGGGAAAAUUGCUCAAAAGCUUGAGGCGACAAUGAACAGCCUGGGUAUCUACAGCGCAUUUUUACACCCCACGGAAGCAUUGCAUGGGGAUUUGGGCAUGAUUAGACCGCAAGAUACCCUGUUAUUGAUCUCGUUCUCGGGGCGCACGCCUGAGCUCCUGCUCCUGCUCCCCCACAUCCCCUCCACUGUCCCUAUCAUCGCCAUAACUUCUCACCUCCACCCGUCAACAUGUCCGCUGUUGUCAUUCCAACCGUCCGACAUGGGCAUCCUCCUACCAGCCCCCAUCCAUGAGGACGAAGAGUCCUCCAUCGGCGUGUCGGCCCCAACAUCGUCCACGACAGUAGCCCUGUCAUUAGGAGAUGCACUAGCUAUCGCUACAGCCCGACGACUGCACACGUCUCCAGGGAGAGGACCAGCAGAGAUAUUCAAGAGCUUUCACCCUGGUGGGGCCAUCGGCGCAGCAUCAAAUGUCCUCACUCCAAUGAGCAUGUCGACAGCAUCAUUCCCAUCAACUAGUUCGGACGAUCUCGCCGGUCAGCAACAGUCGGAGGACACUACCCCUAGCCCCUGCAUCGCCGACAAACUAGUCCCCAUGGACCGGAUCCCAACAGUAUCGGCGAUGGGCAAGGUUCGCCUGCUAGAUGUCCUGCUCACGGCUAUUCAACAUCCCACCGCUAAGUCCUGGGUCCAUCUUUCUCCUUCGGAAAUAGUUCCACCUCGCCAUCUUCGCUCUCUCUCCCAAUCCAACUAUGUAGACAUGGACAUAUCCACACUCGCCGGUCUUGGCCUCCUGCUUGCUGUGCCCCGGGAUGAUUGGCUCCAGCUCCCGAGUUCGACCUCCCUGGAUGAUGCACGUCGGCUAGUCUCGGAAUCUGCGGGGUCCCCGGUAACGGUGAUAGCCGUCAUGCAGGACGGGAAUCCCGAUGAUUAUCUAGGGGUCUUCGAGGCGGAGGAGCUGUGGGAUGGUUGUGACUAAUUAGCCUUUUUUUUUCUAUCCUCUUUUUAUAUUACUUUUCUUGGGAUAAAUCCCCGUGCGUACAUAUAGCUACAUUGCUUUGGUGGGACUUGGGUUUCUUUAUAUGACGUUUACGAAUAACGCCCGUUUUGGAUUGCUUGUCUGUUCAGAGGUUAGAUUCAGUGGUUUUGUACAGAUUUCUCUCUGUCUUUUCGCCAAGAUGUAUAUAUUCUGCGAGCUAAUUGAUGCAUCAUGUCAUCUGUGCUUCCAUAGAGGUAGAGUUGCAGAGUGUGCUUUCGGUUUGUCUUGGCAUAUAAUUAAUAUAGCUAGCUAAUACGGAUUGAGACAGUUUAAA